AUGUCCUUCCUCUUCGGCGGCCCACGCCCCCAACCCUCGUCCGCCGAGAAGAUCGCCGCCGCAGAAGCAGAGAUUGAGAUGGUGUCCAACAUGUUCAACCAGCUAGUCGACACCUGCACCCGCAAAUGCAUCCCCUCUCAAUACCGCGAAGCGGACCUCAAUAAGGGCGAGUCGGUGUGUCUGGACCGCUGCGUGGCCAAGUUCUUCGAGGUGAAUGUUAAGGUGUCGGAGAAGAUGCAGGGGGAGGCGGCGCAGAGGGGUGGUGCGGCUGGUGGUGGAAUGUUCGGCUCAUAG